AACAAAAGUAAUUGCACGCACGUGUAGUGUAGAUCGCGAAUCAAGUUGCUGGCGUGCGUGCUUGCGUAUACGUGAAUAUUUUACUUCAAAACCAACAUGGUCCGGGUGGAGUUUUCCCAGCUCGUCGAGCUACAGGCACGUACGGAGCGAAUCCGCAACAUUUGCAUUCUGGCGCACGUGGAUCACGGUAAGACCACACUGGCAGAUUCGCUAAUCGCAAGCAAUGGCAUAAUUUCGCAACGACUAGCUGGCAAAAUGCGUUAUAUGGAUAGCCGUCCCGAUGAGCAGGAGCGGCAGAUUACGAUGAAGAGUAGCAGCAUUGCGCUGUACUACGACCAACAUCUGGUGAAUCUGAUUGAUUCGCCUGGUCAUGUAGAUUUCUCCAGUGAGGUUUCCACUGCGAUACGACUCUGUGAUGGCGCAAUUGUAGUUGUGGAUGUCGUGGAAGGAGUUUGUCCUCAAACUAGGAUCUGUUUGAAGCAAGCUUAUAACGAGAACCUGAAGACGGUGCUGCUGUUGAAUAAAGUCGAUCGAUUGGUACUGGAGACGAAAAUGGACACGGUAGAAGCGUACAAACAUUUGACGCAAGUUCUGGAACAGGUCAACGCUGUGGUGGGGAACAUUUUCGCUUCCGAUGUGCUAGCGAAGGAGGAUAUGAACUCGAAGGAUCAGGUUUCCGCACUCGAAGAUAGUGAUGAUUCCCGCAUCUAUUUUACACCAGCGAAUGGAAAUGUGAUUUUUGGUUCGGCCCUUGAUGGAUGGGGUUUUACAACGAAAAUGUUUGCUAAAUUAUACCAGAACAAGCUAGGAGUACCAUUGGAAGAACUGGAACAUGCCAUAUGGGGAGACUUUUUCUACAGCCCUAAAAAGAAAAGAAUCGAAAAGGGAGCCGUGGACAAGGGACGUAAACCACUUUUUGCCCAGUUGAUUUUGGAUAAUUUGUGGAACAUCUACGAGCUGGUUCAUAAUCGAGACGUGGACAAGCUAAAGGGGAUAUGUGAAAAAUUAAGAAUUCCUCAAACAUCACGUGAUUUAAAACAUUCCGAUAUUCGUAUACCUAUUAGGAACGUAUUGUCACAGUGGCUUCCCAUGGAAAAAUCCCUGCUAGAACAGGUUAUCCAAAAUGUUCCUAAUCCGCAGAUGAUUCCCGAUUCAAAGGCGGAAAAAUUGCUCUGUUCGAGAAUGGAGGAUUUCAAAUCAUUUCCCGAGCAAUCGCAGGCUCUAAAACAGGACAUAAUUAAAUGCGACGCGGGAAGCGAGACUUUGAUUGUUUUCAUCUCGAAAAUGUUUCCAGUCGAACCGAAAUCUAUUUCCCAAUCGGUUGUGGAUUGUUUAGCAAAGUUAACUCUCGAUUCGGGGCAAAGUAAUGCACAACCAGAAGAGGAAAUAUUUCUAGCUUUUGCUCGAGUAUAUAGCGGGACACUGAGAAGAGGUGACAAAGUUUUCGUCGUAGGACCGAAGCAUGAUCCAAAAAGUUUAGCUUUGGAAACAUUUGAUUUGGAAUCCUCACCUCAUAUUGCACAGGUUCAGGUGGAACAUCUCUUCAUACUAAUGGGUCGACAACUGGAGCAAGUGGAAUCGGUGCCAGCUGGCAAUAUCGUCGGCAUAGCUGGUCUGCAGAAUCACGUUCUCAAAACAGCUACACUGAGCAAUACACCGUACUGUCCACCGUUCGUGGAUUUGCCCAAAAUCGCCACACCUAUUCUUCGGGUAGCUGUGGAACCUAAGAACAUUCAGGAUAUGCCUAAGCUGGUGCGAGGACUGAAACUACUGAACCAGGCAGACGCUUGCGUAGAGGUACGCAUUCAGGAGAGUGGAGAACACGUUCUCCUCACGCUGGGGGAAGUCCACCUGGAACGAUGCAUCAAAGAUCUUCAGGAGAGUUACGCAAAAGUGCAGUUGAACGUUUCGAAGCCGAUCGUUCCGUUCAAGGAAACAAUUGUAACAUUUGUGCCUAGUUCCGAAGAGAAUCCAGAACAGGAAAUCGCCAAAGACAAGGGACAAGAUAAAUCGGUAACCAUUUACACGCCGAACAAACAAUGUUGUAUGAAGGUGUUAGCUCUGCCUCUACCCCCGGCAGCCAUCGACUUAUUAGAGGCUUGCAACCCGAUUCUGAGGGCGUUAGUGAAAGCUCAAGAAGCCAAAGAACUCUCUCAUAAUCUACAAGAAUCUUUAAAUGAGCUCAGAGACAAGUUAUGUAAAAUACUUAUGGAUAGUGAAUUGAAAGAGUUCAAUUCAGCCACGAUGGAAAAAAUCUGGAGCUUUGGGCCGAAGAAGUAUGGAACGAACAUCCUGCUAAACUUGUCUUCGUUCCGAAAUGUACCGGUUUGGGACUUGCGGAAGCCCCCUGUUUCGCUCGAAGAAGCGGAAAUAGUCAAUAGCGAUAUACGUUGCAAUUAUGAAUCUUCAUUCGUCAACGGUUUCCAGUUAGCCAGUUUAGCCGGACCACUCUGCGAUGAACCGAUGCAAGGUGUUUGCUUCGUCCUACUUGAAUGGUCAAUUAGUCAGGCUUCGGAAAUGGACGACCAGGGUUCGGUUGCAUCGCACGGGCCACUUUCGGGUCAAAUAAUGUCCAGUGUCAAGGAAGGCUGCAAGAAAGCUUUCCAGAAUCAGCCACAGCGCCUGGUUCAUCCAAUGUAUAGCUGCAACAUAACCGUUAGCUCCGACGUGCUGGGAAAAAUGUACGCCACCAUCGGCAGACGUCAUGGGCGAAUCCAAUCUGCUGAUCUGAUUGAGGGCAGCGGUCAGUUCGACGUUGGCGCUGUCAUCCCUGUGAUUGAGUCGUUCAACUUUGCCUCCGAAAUAAGGAAACAGACUUCAGGACUGGCGAUGCCGCAGCUGGUGUUUAGUCAUUGGGAGAUUGUCGACAUUGAUCCUUACUGGGUACCUAGCACGGAAGAGGAAUACGAGCAGUACGGAGACAAAGCUGACUUCACUAACAUUGCCAAAGUUUACAUGGACUCGAUACGAGAACGGAAGGGCUUGCCUGUGGAGAAGAAAACUGUGGAACACGCCGAGAAGCAGCGGACGCUGACGAAAAAUAAAUAACGAACGUAUUUUCAGUAUUUCGCUGUUGUUUUAGAUAAAAUAAAUCGAUGUUUUAUUUAUUGUUCA